AUGGAGGUGAGCGGGCCGGAGGACGACCCGCUGCUGGCGCAGCUGCACCGGGUGCAGUGCCCCGUGUGCCAGCAGGCCAUGCCCGCCGCGCACAUCAACGCGCACCUGGACCGCUGCCUGCUGCUGCACCCGGCGGGCCUGGCGGAGCCGGCGCAGCCCCGCGCCAAGCGGCGCCGGCCGUCCGAGAGCUCGGCGCUCAAGCAGCCGGCCACGCCGACGGCGGCCGAGAGCAGCGAGGGAGAGGCGGAGGAGCCGGACGACGGCGGCGAGAGCGAGGGCCGCGAGAGCGACGACGCGCCGCCCACGCCCAGCGGCGCGCGCCUGCUGCCCGACUUCCCGGGCGCGCGGCCCGGCAGCCCGGGCGGCAAGGGCGCGGGGCCGCGGCCGGCGGCGGCGGCGGCGGCGGCGGCGGCGGCGGGCGGCGCGUCCCCGCGGAGCUGGGGCGAGGCCGAGGCGCCGGAGGAGGAGGAGGCGGCGGGCGACGCGGACGGCGAGGACGACGCGGGCCGCUGGGACGCGGACGCGGGCGCCGCCGCUUUCGGGGGCCCCGGGGGCCGCCCGCGCGCGCCGGCGGCCGAGGAGGUGCGGCAGCUGCUGGAGGGGAAGCCGCUGGCCGACACCAUGCGCCCCGACGCGCUGCAGGACUUCGUGGGACAGGGCCGCGCCGUGGGGCCCGAAACGCUGCUGCGCUCGCUGCUCGAGGCCAGCGAGGUGCCCUCGCUCAUCCUGUGGGGGCCACCGGGCUGCGGCAAGACCACGCUGGCCCACAUCAUAGCCAACAACAGCAAGAAGCACAGCAUCAGGUUCGUGACGCUGUCUGCAACCAGCGCCAAGACAGCUGACGUGCGGGACGUCAUCAAACAAGCUCAGAACGAGAAGAGAUUUUUCAAGAGGAAAACCAUCCUUUUUAUUGAUGAGAUUCAUCGGUUCAAUAAGUCUCAGCAGGACACGUUCCUUCCUCACGUGGAGUGUGGGACCAUCACCCUGAUCGGGGCGACCACGGAGAACCCCUCCUUCCAGGUCAAUGCUGCUCUGCUGAGCCGCUGCCGAGUCAUCGUGCUGGAGAAGCUCCCUGUGGAGGCUGUGGUGACUAUCCUAAUGCGGGCCGUCAGCUCCCUGGGGAUCCAGGUGCUGGACUCCAGCCGCCCUGCCGACCCUCUGAGCCACGGCGGCAACAGCAGCUCCGAGUCCUCGGUGCUCAUCGAGGACAAGGCUCUGGACACACUGGCCCACCUGAGCGACGGGGACGCGCGGGCCGGGCUGAACGGGCUGCAGCUGGCCGUGCUGGCUCGGCUGAGCGCCCGGAAGACCUUUGGGAAGAAGGGCGGACAGAGCUACCCCCCGAGCCGCGUGCUGGUCACAGAGAGCGACGUGAAGGAGGGCCUGCAGCGCUCACACAUCCUGUACGACCGGGCAGGGGAGGAGCACUACAACUGCAUCUCGGCGCUGCACAAGUCCAUGCGGGGCUCCGACUCCAGCGCCGCGCUCUACUGGCUGGGCCGCAUGCUGGAGGGCGGCGAGGACCCGCUCUACGUGGCCCGGCGGCUCGUGAGGUUCGCCAGCGAGGACGUGGGCCUGGCUGACCCGUCCGCCUUGACGCAAGCUGUUGCCACCUACCAAGGCUGUCACUUCAUAGGCAUGCCCGAGUGCGAGGUGCUCCUGGCCCAGUGCGUCGUCUACCUGGCGCGAGCCCCGAAGUCGAUUGAGGUGUACAGCGCCUACAACAACGUCAAGGCCUGCCUGCGGAGCCACCAGGGCCCGCUGCCCCCCGUGCCCCUGCACCUGCGCAACGCGCCCACCAGGCUGAUGAAGGACCUGGGCUACGGCCAGGGCUACAAGUACAACCCCGCCUACAGCGAGCCGGUGGAGCAGGAGUACCUGCCGCAGGAGCUGCGGGGCGUGGACUUCUUCAAGCAGCGGCGGUGCUGACGGAGUCGGCCGACCGGCCGGGGGCUGGCGGAGGCUGUCCCGGCCCGCCUUCUGCGCCAGCGGCGGAGCGUUCUGAGGUGGCGCAGCCACUGCGGCCGCAUGUGUGACGUGACGCUGUGUUCGUUUGCACCCUGUGCGACGUGAUGCUCAUGAAACGUUCUGGCAGCUUCGUGCAAUGGAUUCACGUUAUAAGGAGGUAUCUAUUUUGUCAUAGUAUUUAAGUCAUAAUGUCAUUUCAAAAUUGAGUUCUGUAGGUUUCUUUUCUUUUAAAAAAUGUUUAUUCUGGGUAGUUUCAAUUGAUUAAAAAAAAUGUAAUUGUGGUUUAAUACUG